AUGUCUUAUGGAGCUAGCCAUGAUGAUUCUGCAUCCACUGGAGACCUCAUCAAAUACCUUGCUCGCAACCACCUGGUGACGUCAGGCCUCACCACAUAUGAUGACCAACCAAUGAACUAUUGGGCCUGGAAGUCAUCGUUUCUAAAUGCUAUCGCCAAUCUAGACAUGUCCGCCGCAGAAGAACUCGACCUCCUCACCAGGUAUCUGGGGAAAGAGUCGGCAGAACAAGUUAGGCGCAUAAAAACAGUCAACAUCAGAAAUCCAGCCACUGGACUGUACAUGGCAUGGGGGCGCCUCGACGAAAUAUACGGCUCACCAGAGGCCGUCGAACAAGCUCUGUUCAACAAACUAGAAAACUUUCCAAAGGUUACAACAAAGGAUCCACAGAGACUCAGGGAGUUAGCCGAUCUCUUGUCAGAGCUACAAGCUGCCAAGGAAGACGGCUACCUCGCAGGCUUGUCGUACUUGGAUACCUCCAGAGGAAUUAGGCCUAUCAUUGAGAAACUCCCAUACAACAUACAAGAAAAGUGGCUUUACUUCGAGCAUCUUGCAAAGAACUGCACCGCAGAGAUAAAAUGUACAGAGUGCGAGAGCACCGCUCAUGUGACGGCACUUCACCCCUAUCCACCUACCUGGAAAUCUAAGUCGUCCCCUUCCACUUCAGAGGAUGGCGGGGAGGAGGACAAAGCGGAUAACCAGGAGGUCAAGUCGACGUGCACUCAAGUAUGUGGUGAAGGAUUGAGCGCCAGAGCAUGUGCUAAGAUCUGCCUCGUCAGUGUGUUCCCUAACGGACGCAGGGAAGAGUCCAAGAGAAUGUACGCCAUACUGGAUGAGCAGAGCAAUCGCUCCCUGGCACGGUCAGAGUUCUUUGAGGUCUUCAAGAUCUCCGGGGGCUCUUACUCAUAUACACUCAAGACCUGUGCGGGACGUACAGAGACAGCGGGGAGGAGAGCCAGCGGUUACACUGUGGAGCCAGUGGAUAAGAAAGUAAGCAUUCCUCUGCCUAUACUCCUCGAGUGCAACCAAAUCCCUAAUGCUCGCACUGAGAUCCCUACGCCAGACGCAGCUUACCAUCACGCCCAUCUGAAGCACAUCGCCGACAAGAUUCCGCCUCUGGAUCCGGACGCCAAAAUACUCCUCCUACUGGGCAGAGACAUCUUACGGGUCCACAAGGUCCGAGAGCAGAUAAGUGGCCCAGGAGAUGCACCGUUUGCUCAAAGGCUUGACCUAGGAUGGGUCGUCGUCGGUGACGUGUGUCUUGGAGGUGCUCAUAGACCACUCGAGGUGAGAAGUUACAAAACAGCCAUCCUAGAGAGCGGUCGUGCGAGUCAUCUUGAGCCAUGCAACAACCACAUCAUAGUGAAAGAGGUAUUUGGUCAAGCACCUAAACAUCAACAUUAUCCAGCACCAACUUCCAUCUGCAGCUCAACGACGCUCAUUGGAGACUGCUUGGGGCAGACCGUCUUCGCUCGUACUCCAGACGACCACAGACUCGCCCCAUCCAUGGAAGAUUUGGAGUUUCUGAGGAUAAUGGAAGCUGGGUGCUAUCAGGACAGCUCCAAAAGCUGGGUUGCACCAUUACCCUUCCGGUCGCCGAGACAGCGGCUGCCUAACAACAGGAAACAGGCGUUCGACCGUCUCGUCUCACUCCAGCGUUCAUUGGAAAAACGACCACAGAUGAAAGCUGACUUCCUAGAAUUCAUGGAGAAGAUGCUCAAAAAGGCACACGCAGAAGUUGCACCGCCAUUACAGCCUGAACAAGAGUGUUGGUAUCUGCCCCUGUUCGGUGUGUAUCAUCCGAGGAAGCCGGAUAAGAUCCGUGUAGUCUUCGACAGCAGCGCUUCAUGUGAGGGAGUAUCGCUCAACGACGUUUUGCUCACCGGCCCUGACCUUAAUAAUAGCCUGCUAGGUGUCCUUAUGAGGUUCAGGAAGGAGCAGGUGGCGAUCACCGCUGACAUCGAACACAUGUUCCACUGCUUUGUCGUGAAGGAGGAACAUCGUGAUUUUCUCCGCUUCCUGUGGUAUAGGAACAACGACCCUACCUCUGACAUCGUGGACUACAGGAUGCGGGUCCACCUUUUCGGGAACAGUCCCUCUCCUGCCGUUGCAGUGUACGGUUUGCGACGGGCAGCUAAGGAAGCCGAGGCUGACUAUGGCAGUGACGCAAGAAGAUUUGUUGAUCGUGAGUUUUACGUUGACGACGCUUUAAAGUCCUUCAGCACAGAGGAAGAAGCCAUCAGCGUUCUUGGGCGAGCGCAGAAGAUGCUUGCAGCUUCUAACCUCAGGCUACACAAAAUUGCUUCAAAUCGACCUGCAGUCAUCAAAGCAUUCCCGUCCGAAGAUCGAUCUAAGGACGUCAACAGCCUAGAUCUCUUCGUCGAUGAUUUGCCCAUCCAACGCAGCCUUGGAUUGUCCUGGGACAUGCGUACAGACACCUUCAUGUUUCAGAUUGAGGACGACCACAAGCCGUUCACCCGCAGAGGGGUACUCUCAACUGUGAAUAGCCUCUACGACCCGUUAGGGUUCCUCGCACCCAUCACGGUUCAUGGGAGACUGAUACUCAGGGAACUUACCACGCAAGCAGAGGACUGGGACUCACCUCUUCCCAAGGACAUGGAGAUCGAGUGGACUCGAUGGAAACAGUCACUCCAAGAUCUAGAGGGUCUCCACAUACCACGUCCUUAUACGUCUUUCUCCACCUCAGGUGCUCUGAGAAGAGAACUCUGUGUCUUUGCAGACGCAUCAGUCAAAGCAAUAGCAGCUGUGGCCUACAUCAAGGUGACAAGCCACCAAGAGCAGACUGAGAUUGGCUUUGUCUUCGGGAAGACAAAGUUGGCCCCUCAGCCUGGUUUGACUAUCCCGAGACUCGAGCUCUGUGCGGCAGUACUCGCCGUUGAGAUCGCCGAGAUGGUAGUCACAGAGAUGGACACAGUAUUUGACAACAUCACCUACUACACAGAUAAGGAAGGGUUGCUAAGGGCCAAAGUGUGCAUUGUGAAGAGCGUCCAGAAUGAGUGCUACACAGAGGAGCUUAAGUGCAUCAACUUGGGAGCCAACCUUCCAUCCUCAAGCAGCCUGUGGAAAUUGCACCCCACCACGGACCAAGAUCAACUCCUGAGAGUAGGAGGCCGGAUUGGACAGGCAGUUCACAUCGAGGUAAUUGAGACAAUGAGUUCCGGCAGUUUCAUCAACGCCUUAAGGAGGUUCUUUGCAGUCAGGGGCCCCGCAAAGCAGAUCCGCUCUGACUGCGGAACUAACUUCAUUGGCGCCUCCCAUGAGCUGGAGAUGGACAAGGCCAAUCCAGGCUUCAACAGUGUGGAGAAAUACCUGGAUACACAGAGCUGCACCUGGGUAUUUAACCCGCCCCACGCGUCCCAUAUGGGCGGCGCGUGGGAACGAAUGAUUGGCAUCGCCCGCCACAUUUUGGACUGCAUGCUGCUUGAGCAAAGGAAGUCUCACCUGACACAUGAGGUUCUGACCACUCUCAUGGCCGAAGUAGCUGCAAUCAUGAAUGCUAGACCGCUCAUCCCUGUGUCAUCGGAUCCGGAAUCGCCUCUCAUCCUCACCCCAGCAAUGCUCCUGACCCUUAAGACAGGGGCUGCACCACCUCCUCCGCCAGGCAGCUUUGAGGAAGCGGACCUCGUCAGAGAGGAGUGGAAGCGGGUUCAGGGCCUAGCAGACAUGUUUUGGAACAAAUGGAAACACGAAUACCUCAAGACAUUACAGCUUCGGCACAAGUGGCAAGGAAAACGGCCAAGCCUCCAGGAAGGAGACAUCGUCCUCCUGAAAGACAAUCAGGAUUACAUCAAAAUCAAUGCAGCUCUGACCAGCGACUACUCCAGGUCUGCCCAGCAUUCAGUAUCAGCCAUGGAGAAGAGGAAGGGUCUGCGGAGAGCCCAGUCCUUGAAGACCCUCUCCACGGGUCAUGGAGGGUGGGGGGCAGGGAUGGGGGCAGGACAGCGGGACUGCAGGAAGUCCGUCUCUCAGCUUGUGGAACAAGCUGAGCCCACAGGAAGCAGGAUUGACAUCUUGUUGAGGAGCUUUGAGCAGAGAGAGGGGCGAGGGGGCACAGUUCUGUCCCGAAGCCGCUCCAUGGAAUACCUACACUUAGGUGAGCGCAGGGGCACAGACGCCCUGCGGGCACUGUUUGAGUCCAAGGCCGCCCUCCAGCAAGGUUUCACCAGCAGCCCCCACCUCAACUGGACUCCCACCGCCACCAAGAGGCCAAUUUCUGUCACUACAGGAGCCUGGGACGCAGCAGUGACAACCUGCAGUGCUCCCACCACUCCAAUCAGGAAGGACACCUGCCACCAGGACACAGACAGCAGGACAGUUGUUGGCUGGCAUGUGAGACACUCCCCCCAUCCCCUCAGUGACAUUCAGACACAUCCGCCAAGUGCUGUGCACCACAUCCCAUAUCUCACACCAAUGAGUGCUGAGCACCUCAUAGGGCACAGUCAGCCAAAACCCAGGGAACCCAUCUCCACAGCCUCUCCUGGGUACACCUCCAGUAGCCACGGAGAGAGGAUCUUGUCUCAGCAAGACCUAAGGGAUAACUUUACUCGACAAGGGGAGAAAUCUUCAACUUCGGUGAAAGCCAGAUCUGCUCUCUAUCUGUCAAAAGCAGCAGCUGCCAACUCCACACACAGCACCACAAAACCAGGUAGUGUAAUACAAGAGCACACCAUUCACUCGGGAAAGAAAACAAAAGCAAACAAGAUGGCAGACAAAACCCAACAGAUUAAAGUUUCAAAAGGACCCAGCAAGGAGGAUGACCUCCCUCCUCCCCCUCCCCCUCCCCCAGCCCCAGGACAACCCCAUCUGGAGGGGUCUCAGGUCACUGGGGACCAAGGUCAAGCCUUCUUGCCAGUUCCUCCACCAAAGGAAACGUUCUCUGCAUUUUACCAACAGCGACAGAAGAAUGAGCUCAAAAGGCUCUUUAAACACAUUCACCCAGAGCUGAAGAAGAAUCUCGAUGAGGUUGUAGAUGAGGAACUGGUGGAAGUGCUGAAUUCAGAAACCGCACAGACAGCAGCUGACUCUGGGUAUCAGGGUGAGGUCCAAUCCAUGAGGUGGAUCUUUGAAAAUUGGACUCUUGACAAUAUUGGAGAUCCCCAUGCUACUAAAAGGCUGCUGGAAGAGGAAACACUGCAGAAAGGUGAUGUCAGGGGCACUUCCUCCAUGUUUGAGCACCGUGAAUUAGACAGUGGUCAGCUUUCCACAAACAUGUCAGUUUCGAGAGGAGACCAGGUCAAAGGAGACGUCCACACAGCUACAUGGCUAUUUGAGACACAGCCUCUGGAUGCUCUCAACAAAAUCUACCCAGAGGAAGGAGAGCUAGUAGAGGCUGUGCUGAAGGAACCCAUUCAGAAGGGGGAUGUGACAGGAGCAAGGUUGCUGUUUGAGUCCAGGCCCCUGGAUGCCCUUGGUCGCUGCAGCUCCAUCGAGGAUCACAGCUUCCUAAAACUGAAGUCAGAGAUCCAGGAACAGAAGGGGGAUAUCCAGAAGACCAUCAGACUCUUCCAGGCAGAGCCCUGCUGUGCUCUCAGGGACAGCACGGGCAAUGUCCAUGAGAUCAAGUCCAUCUGUCGGGAGGAGAUCCAUAGCAGCAGUGUCAGAACAGCCCGCUGGCUGUUUGAGACCCAGCCCCUGGAUGUCAUCAACAAGGAUGCAUCCAAGGUGCAGAUCAUCCGUGGCAUUUCACUGGAGGAGGCUCAGAAGGGCGGGGUUGACAAGAAACGAUGGAUGUUCGAAACGCAACCCUUACACUCAAUUCACGAAAAUAUCCAGGAAGAUAAGUUCCAGGGGACCGUGGAGGUGGUGGAGGCAGCCGAUGUCAGGGAAAAACGACAGCUGUUUGAAACCCAGCCUCUUGCUGCACUGAAAGGGGAGUCCUCUGGGGAGGUACCAUCCAAGGAGGAGAUCGUUGGAGGAAAUGUGCGAUCCACACUGUGGCUAUUUGAAACCCAGCCCAUGGACAGCCUGAAGGAGAGCUACGAAGUCGGCCACUUGAAAAAAGUAACUGUUUCCAAAGAUGAAAGCGGAAUGGUGCUUAACAAAAAGCAUACAUUUGAAACCUGCACCUUAGACAGUAUCAACAAAGAGGAAGCUGAGGGAGACAGGAAAAGUGAUGUCCACGAGAUACAAAAAGGCGACGUUAAAGUAUACAAGCACCUCUUUGAAACAAUUCCACUCAGCAACAUUUCAUACCCUGAGAAUAUUCAAGCGGUUAGUCAUGAGGACAUCACAGCUGGAAAUGUCCAAGGCAACAAGGCUCUUUUUGAGAGCACACCGCUGUACGCGAUCAAAGACUGGUCUGGCAAUUUUCACAAGGUCACAACUGUGAGCCGGGAAGAAUCCAUCAAUGGGAAUGUCCAAAACUACAAGUGGAUGUUUGAAACCAGACCCCUGGACCAGUUUGAAGAAGGAAAGGUUGAGGUCAUUCGAGGCAUCACCAGGCAGGAGGACCAAGCCGGUGAUGUCAAGACAGCAAAAUGGCUGUUUGAAACACAGCCUUUGGAUUACAUUCAUUCUAAGGUAAACCAGACAGAACAGCAUUCAUCUGUGCAAAAGAAGGAAUCACAAGGCGGCGAUGUCAAGACAUGCAAGUGGUUGUUUGAGACACAGCCAAUGGACAUUUUAUAUGAUAAAUCAGAGAAGAAACCUGAAGAGGAAGCAAUACCAAAAACCGAUGUGAAAUCCCACACGUGGCUAUUUGAGACACAGCCUUUGGAUAGCAUUAAAGACAAUGAAGAACAUCAUUUGAAGCUUUGCAGUACCAUUCAGGAUGGUGUGAAAAGUGACGUUGAUGUGAAAACCGUGAGGCACCUUUUUGAGACUGAGACAUUAGACAGCCUGGCAAGAGGAGCAGAGGCAGAACAAGAUGUGAGAUAUGUCAGCAAGGUCGAUGUCCAGUCUGGAGAUGUUUCUCGAGUCAAAGAAAUCUUUGAGACAAAGUCCCUUGACGAAAUUGGAUUAGCAUCUGUCACGGUUUCAGAGGCUGAGGAGCAGGGUGAUAACAUAAAAGCAGGUUCUGUUCACAAGUUUACCUGGCUUUUUGAGAAUCAUCCAAUUGACACCAUCAGAGACGAGGAAGAUGGCAUCAAAGAAAAGUGCACCAUUAGUGAUGUGGAAGGUGGAGAUGUUGGGAACAAAAGGUUCAUAUUUGAAACAUUCUCUCUGGACAAGAUCCAUGAAAAAGACCAGCUACUCGAAGAGCAGUUUGUGUGUGCUGAGCAGCCUGUGAAUAUAAGCAAUGUGGAUGUGAAGUCCAGCACCAUGCUGUUUGAGUCCCAACCUCUGUAUGCCAUAAGAGACAAAGAAGGACAGUUCCAUGAGGUCACCACAGUUCAGAAAGAGGAGGUCAUGAGUGGAGAUGUCAGGGGAGCUCGAUGGAUGUUUGAAACAAAGCCUCUUGACACAAUCAAGCCCCAGGAGGAAAUCUUUGUUAUCCGAGCAGUCACACAGGAGGACGUUCUCAAGGGUGAUGUGAAAUCUGCCAGAUGGAAGUUUGAAACGCAACCACUGAAUUCUCUUGUGAGCAGAGAGGUGCCCGUGGUCAAAACUGUGGAGGAUGUUCAAAAAGGCGAUGUAAAGCUGAACAAACAGAACUUUGAGUCUCAAGCGACCACCAACAAAAAGUACGUAAGGAUGGUAAGUGUGACAGAUGUCCAACGAGGUGAUGUCAGGACAUCUACCUGGCUCUUUGAGAAUCAGCCCAUUGACUCUCUGAAGGGGGAGCUUCUGGAGCAAGCCCCUGUGCAAACAGUACACAGAGAGGACAAUCAGAAGGGAGAUGUGAAGAGAUGCACCUGGCUAUUUGAAACACAACCACUGGACACCAUCAAGGAUGCCGAUCUGGCCGCUAACACCACAGUUCGUGAACAAAUGCCACAGGCAGAUGUGAAAAGCACAACCUGGCUAUUUGAAUCAACACCAAUCGACAAAAUCAGUUUUCAGCACAGGGAAGAACCAAGCAUCACUGUUGAGAGCGUGAAGGAGACUCUACUCCAUCUCUGCAGCUUUAAUGCCAUUCAUUCUCAUGGUAUUGUUAUCGAAGCCAAUGAGACCAGAAGUGUGAAAAUGGCCAAGUACCAUUUCACAAACAGUGAAGGACCAAAAAUUCAGAAGGAAGAGAUUGUUGAAGGGAACAUCAAAAAUAUUAUGCUGCAGUUAUUAUACCAAACAAACCUGGUUCCCCAGGUAGCACUCCUACAGGAGGAUGAACAUGGCCAUGUUCAGGCCACUAAAUUUGAGAUUCCUGAACAGCAACCUACAUCUAGUAUGCAGCAAGAGAAAGAGCACAAAAUGGAAAACAUAGCUCAGGUCAUUGAGGGUCUUCUUAGUCAAAACGAGUCUCUGAAAAAAGGAAUCGUAAUUCAAGAAACUGAGAGCGGUUAUGCAGAGAUGACUGUUUAUUCAUUUGUCAUUCACAGUGAAAACAAAACAGAAAGUCAGGAAAUAAUAAAAGGAGAUGUGAAGUCCACGAUUGGCAGCCUGUUAGCUACUGCUCAGGACCAGAAGACCCUGACUUCAUUCAGACCAGAGCAAAGUGAGAAAGGGAACGUCAAUCUAUACAGGAGCUGCAUUGAAAAAGGAGACCUGAAAUACCUGAAAAGCCUUCAGACAGAACCAUCAGAUGAUGAUCUUGAUUCUGUCUCCAAGGACCAGAUUGAGAUCAUUCAGGGGGAUGUUAGGGAGGCAAAGAGAAAUCUCAACCAACACAAGGAGCAGGUGGAGCGAACAGUCCUGGACAUUGUACCAGGUGAUGUAAAAAAUGUCAAGAAAGUCUUCUCCUCUGAGGGUUCCAUUGACCAGUUCAAGGACAGCUGUGUGCAGAGAGAGGAGAUCAUUCGUGGAGAUGUUUCCUCAGCAAAGCAGUCACUUGGACAGGCAGUGAAACAGCCUAUUGCGGUGGAGAAGGAGGAGAUAGUGUCAGGUGACAUCAAGGCAACCAUGCAGUCUUUGGAGCAGGCUAAGCAACAGAGUAUGCGAGUGGAACGCAAAGUUGUCAUUCCAGGAACUAUCUAUGACCUGGAUGUCACAUCCUCCUUGGCAGAAACAAAUGGAGAUGAAAAGCAUUCCUCUACGAUGAAAGAAGAAAUUGUGUCAGGUGACAUAAAGGCUGCUAAGCAGUCUCUAGAACGGGCAAAGAAACAGAGUUCCCGAGUGGAACGUGAAGUGAUUAUUCCAGGUAAAAUAUACAACCUGACUGCUCCAUCCCAGGAAGAACUUUCCUCAACAGAAAAACAAGGCAUGAGCCACAGUUUGGGGGCCUCUUGUGAAAGACAGGAAAUAGAGAAAACCUACCAAACAAAUUUGGUGGAAAUGGGGGGAAAUGAACAAAAUUCAGAUUUUCAAGCAGCCACAGAGAGUUUUGGUCACACAACAACUGAAGCUAAGGGCAUUCAACAAACAUCCCAAGGAAAGCAUCACAUUGUUGUCCAAGGAAAGCAGCAAGCUGUCACUCAAGGACACUCAGCACAACAAAGGCACAUUGUUGCCCAAAAGACCUCUAGUGUCCAGCAAGUACAGAGUUUGCAGACAUCUGUGGAAGUCACACAAAAGAAGGAAAUAACCCAUGUCUCAACAACAAAGCAGUCCACAUCAUCCUCAAGAAGCCAGCAGAUCACAUCAGCUAAUCAAAAGUUUCAGUAACUUAUGGAGAAAAGCCGGCCACUGCAGCACUGAAUUUGGCACCAGUAGCAGACCCCUGUCCCGAUGAGAGCUCUGUUUUGACAAGUAAACCCCAGAGCCCACCACCACUUCCUCCCAAAGCUUUUGAGAAACCUGUGGCUCAAAGACCAGCCCUUCCAUCCAAACCGCACCACACAAAGGCCAACCCUGAUGUCACAGGAAAUGUGCCUGCUCCACUGAAAAAGCCUGAGCAACAAAUCCCAGAAAUACCCCCCAAAACCAAACACCAGUACAUACGAAAACCACUGAUUCCCCCACCUUUACCUCCUAAACCUGUGUCCUAUCAAGAACUGUCUAAGGACUUGUUGCACACUGAAGACGCUAAAGAACCUAAAGAUGUUCAGAUGGUCUGCAAAGGAUUCCCAGGACGUUCAGUAUGUUUAAGUGGCACCGAGGAACAACAUGUUGUGAAGAAAGACACCAUUGAAGGCACUGAGCUAACAAAACUAAGGGAUGAUGUUAAACAUGUAGAAGUUAUGAUAGACAGACAGACCGAUUCCUUCAGUGAUAAAUCCACAACUACAGUUUGUGGUGGAACUGAACAGGAUAAACACGUG